UGAAGAACGUUUCAAAGCAUAUGGAGGGUCUUCUGGUCUAAAUCAGAGCCUCAGAUUAGACCCAGAGCCGACCUGAAACCUUGAAAAGCGUUUCCACACUGGUGAAUUGAAGUUGCUGUGAUUACAUCGGGUGUUUUGGGGAGUUUUAAAGCUGUUGUCUGUGCCACGACCUGCUGGGCGUUGAGGAGGAAUGUGGAGAUCUCCCAACUUUGAGCGAGCAGCGACAUGAGAUCCUUCCUGAACRUUCAUCUCUGCUCAGAUGCUGCAUGUUGCUGUCAAGCGACGCUGUUCGACCUAUUCGCUGAUUGAACGCCGUCAAAAUGAAACCAAUCCGAGUCCGCCCCACGCCGAGGAAGAUGGAGCCGAGGAUUCUGGGAAGGAGAUGGUGAGCCCAGAGGCCUACAUCAAACAUCCGCUGCAGAACAGAUGGUCUCUGUGGUUCUUCAAGAACGACAAGAGCAAAACAUGGCAGGCCAACCUGCGCCUCAUCUCCAAGUUCGACACGGUGGAAGAUUUUUGGGCCCUCUACAACCACAUCCAGCUGUCCAGCAACCUGAUGUCCGGCUGCGACUACUCCCUGUUCAAGGACGGCAUCGAGCCCAUGUGGGAGGACGAGCGGAACAAGCGUGGCGGACGCUGGCUGAUCACGCUCACCAAGCAGCAGCGGAGAUUAGACCUGGACCGCUUCUGGCUGGAGACUCUGCUGUGUUUAGUCGGCGAGGCUUUUGACGACUACAGCGACGACGUCUGUGGAGCCGUCGUCAACAUCCGCAACAAAGGGGAUAAAAUCGCCGUGUGGACCUCCGACUACGAGAACCGGGAGGCUGUGACGCACAUAGGGAGGGUUUACAAGGAGCGACUGGGGCUCCCGAUGAAGAUGACGAUCGGCUACCAGUCUCACGCCGACACGGCCACCAAGAGCGGCUCCACCACCAAGAACAAAUUCGUAGUCUGASAAAAAUGCCUCAUGUGCCUCUUUUCAUUUUCCUUGUCUUAUUUGUUGGUGUUUACUUUGCUACAAAGACUCUGCGAAACGCAAUCUGGAGGAGGAGGAGGGACGUCCAGCCCACACGCCAAAAUAACCAGAACCGGCCCGUCUGCGGCGGCCAUGACACUAACGGAGGCAUGGAGAGACGCAGAGCUGCACUCUGAUCACUUAAUCCUUGAUUUUUAAAUGUUUUGAGUUGAAUGGCAGGAAUCCUGAACGCGUUCAGCCUCUGGUUGCUGUAAUCCUUAAUGACAUUAAAACACCUUUAAUUUAUUAUAUUAA